GCGUGAGUGGGUUGACGAGACUACUUCCAGGUGAAAAACGCGUUUCUUGGAAGUUGGCUGACUUGACGUCUACCCCAUGGGCAAGCGCAGGAGCCGGAGCCAGAGCCAGCUGCUCAACUCCCUAACUAAAAAGCAGAAGAAGCAUCUAAGGGAUUUCGGCGAGGAGCAUCCCUUCUAUGACAGGGUUUCCAGAAAGGAAGCAAAACCACAGACUUGUCAACUGUCAGAGAGUUUAGAUACUUCAAGUUCUGAAAGUGAAGCAGAGAAUGAACCAGAACAAGUUUCUGGUUACAACAGACUACUUGCCACAUUAAAGGAUGUUUCCAAGGAAGAUGAGGAGGAGGAAGAGGAAGAAGACAGUGUUAUAGAUGAGACAGAAAUGAAUCUUGAAGAUGGCGAUAGUGACAUCAGUGUGGAGGAAGAGACGGCAGUAGCGUCUACUGACGUGCAGAAGAAUGCGGCCUUACCUGCUGACCCUAAGAGAAAAGAUGGGCAUGGGCCACCUGGCACAUCAGAGGAAUCCCCAGAGGAGUUUACAGAUGCAAAACAUGAGUCACUCUUCAGCCUAGAAACUAACUUUCUCGAAGAGGAAAGAGAAGGCAACUGUUCUCUGAAAGCAUUACAAGAUCCAUUUGCACAACAUGUAAACAAAGAACUGAAAGAAAAAGACAUCCAGGCUGUUGCCACAAAUCCCAAAACUACCCACCAGCUAAAAUGGCCCAUCCUGGGCCAGCUUGUCUUUUCAUCCAGGUUUCAACAGUUGGAAACCUUUAAACCCCCAAAGGACAUUGACUUAAAGUCACUUCAUCUCCAGAAGCCUCUGGAAUCCACCUGGAUCAAGACCAACAGCCAGUUCCUCUCUGGCCCCCCAAAUUCAAGUAGCCCCUUCACACCCCUCCAGAAAGAGCUCUUCUUAAUUAUGAAUUCUUACCGGGACCUAUUCUACCCAGAAAGGACUGCCCUGAAGAAUGGGGAAGAGAUCCGCCAAGUGUACUGCCUGCAUGUGAUAAAUCACGUCCUCAAAGCCAAUGCCCAGGUGCUUGCCAACAACAGCAGAUGCCGAAGCCAGAAACUUGGGGUGGGUGAUGAUGAUGACUUCAGGGACCAAGGGCUAACGAGGCCCAAGGUGCUGAUAGUGGUGCCAUUCCGGGAAGCUGCUUUGCGGGUGGUACAGCUCUUCAUCAGUCUUCUUGAGGGCGACAGCAAGAAGAAAAUAAUUGUAAGCAACAAAAAGAGGUUUAAUGGAGAGUAUGGCUCAGAUCCUGAGGAGAGACCACCCAACCUGAAGAGGCCUGAGGAUUAUGAAGCUGUAUUUGUCGGCAACAUCGAUGACCACUUCAGGACUGGAGUGGCAAUACUGCAGAGAAGCAUCCGACUUUAUGCCCCCUUCUAUUCGUCAGACAUCCUCAUUGCCUCCCCUCUGGGCUUGAGGACCAUCAUUGGUGGAGAAGGAGAGAAGAAGAGAGAUUUUGACUUUCUGUCUUCUAUUGAGCUUCUCAUCAUUGAUCAAGCUGACAUUUACCUGAUGCAGAACUGGGAGCAUGUCUUGCAUUUGAUGAACCACAUGAACCUACUGCCCUUGGACUCACAUGGGGUGGACUUUUCUCGAGUGCGCAUGUGGAGCCUCAAUAAUUGGUCCAAGUACUAUCGUCAGACGCUGCUGUUUGGGGCCCUGCAGGAUGCCCAGAUCAACUCUGUAUUCAACAAGUACUGCGUCAAUGUGCAAGGCCAGGUGGCUGUGAGGAACGUCCCGGUGACAGGCUGCAUCAGUCAUGUCCUGGUGCAGCUCCCACAUGUCUUCCAGAGGAUGGAAGCUGAAAACCUAGCUUCAGUGAUUGAUGCCAGGUUUAACUUUUUCGUCAACAAGAUUUUGCCUCAGUAUCGUGAUGCAGUCAUGUCUCACACGCUUAUCUAUGUCCCCUCCUACUUUGACUUUGUGCGUCUCCGAAAUUACUUCAAGAAGGAGGACCUGAACUUCACUCAUAUCUGCGAGUACACCCAGAAGUCUGGUGUCUCCAGGGCCAGACACUUCUUCCUUCAAGGAGAGAAGCAGUUCCUGCUCCUCACAGAGCGCUUCCAUUUCUACAAAAGGUAAAGUAGGGCCAGGCUUCAAGUGUCCUCUCUGGAGGGCCUGCUUCCAAGUGCAUGGUGGGCUUUGCUGUGUUAUAAAGUCCUCCCUUGCUUCACCUCCUGCAGACAAGCCAGAGUCUGGGGGGCUGGACAGACUUUUCUUGAUUGGUUGGUUGGUUUUCUUCCAAAAUGGGCAUUGUCGGAAAAGGUGGUAGAAACGAAUGAGUGACUACAGCAUAACCUGUAUAUAGAUCUGGAGUGGGUCCAUACUUAGGGUACCUCCUGUAGCUGUGGGUAUACCCCUCAAGAAAGACAUUACAGAGUUGAGCAGCUCUCAGCUGAAUACAGGAAAGGGAGGAACCUGUCACAGAAGCACAGAUGAAACAUUGGGGACUGUGUGGUCUGUGGAGAUGGAAGUUGAGUACAGUGUCAGUGUUCAGAAAGUUCUCAUUUGUCCUGAGGCAGUGUACACACAACUUCUGCACCAAGGAGAACCAGGACUAAGGGGCUCCUUGAAGUUUAUGAGAAGCAAAAGGUGAGGGGCUUAGAGUUGAAUAUUUAAGGGCUUCAGGGUUUGCUUAGCUUCCCCACCAUGUGACUUUGACAAAAUAAGUUGUAUUGACCCUUUUUUUUCUUUUUCUUUUUUUUAAUUCUAAUUAGAGUGUUAGUAAUAUUGAUCCUUCUGUUACUAUUUGGAUUAGUUGCAGCCCUUUCUGCCCCCAGAGUUUGGUUAUUUUAUUGUUUUGCUAAUUCUCUCUGCUGCCAAAUGUAAAAGCCCCUUCUAAGCUCUUACCUAGAGAGACUGGAAAUUGCAUCCUAUAACCUUUUCUUUCCUGAUUCACAAUAAUGUCCAGUGAGUUUAAGUUCUGACUUUACUGUUUUAUUAAUUCUCAAUUAUAAGCUAAUGAGGGGCACGUUUCCUCAGAGAAUCCCUAACAUCUAAGCCUGAAUCUUCUAGGCUUUGGAACAUAUUAGAUGAUGCACCUUGGCGUUGCAUUGCCUUUUAGUUUAUGCCGAUAUUAGGAUGGUGUCCCUCCGAAAUGUUCUCCUUACCAGGAUGGGGAGGGAGGGAUCCAGCAGCCUGCUGGAGCGCAGCAAGCUGGCGUGACAUGACUUCUUUGGGUAUUCUGCUGCCUAGAUGAUCUGCUAGUGGAGAGUUGAGGAGUGACUACAUUUGUGUUUGCUGGGCUUCAUUCUUGGCUACCCAGACAAGGCUGUUUGGCCCAAGAGUGUUAACGAAUACCUUCUUGCUGGCAUCAUUAUUUGCUUUGUUUCAGUGAGUCGUUGUUUUCAUUCAUGUUGGAAAUGGUAUUUUGGGGGAGUUUGCACUCAGCAGGUCUAAAGAGCCCUUAGUUUUCCAAAAGCUUGAUACAUCAAAGCAAGUCCCUUAAAUGAAGUGGAUGGAUUGGGAGACUUCCCUGUAGCAAGUGUGAACUAAGCUGGGAUGAGGACUGCUCUCAAGUAGCAGCUUUUCAAGGAGAGGGCAUGAUGUCAAAGGAGCCCUUUCUCUUAAGUAGGCAGGACAGUCUCCUGUCUUACACUGUUCAUUUAUUGACCAAACUGUUUUGUCCCCAAAGUCACUAUAAAGACAAACCGAACACGUGCCAUUAGCUUUAUACCCUGGACCAGGUUAGUGGGUGUUUAAGUUGAAUGGAGAUAAUCUGCAACUGCCAAUUAUCUCAAGGUUCCCAGCUAUAGAUUUUUUUGCUUGAGAGGUCACCAAGGUGAUGAUGGGUAUUUUGAUCUGCAGUGUCUUUGUGAUUUGAUUUUUUUCAUUUUACCUUGGGAAAAGUACAUGUAUUUUAAACUUUAGUAUCCAGCUUUAAAAUUCUGUAUUUAUAUUCUCUAUGGAAGUAGGCAGUGUUAGACAUAUUGCAGUUCGUUUGUGAGCUAGCAAAAAACUUUCAACCUGAGGAUUUGUUUUCUUUGGGGAAAUGAAACCAGUAGAUUCUUAGGAUGGGAUGGGCAUUUGGUCAUGAUGGCCCUCCUGAGGGGAGGACAGUUCACAGUUCUUUCUCUGAGCAUUAUCAGUGGGUUAGCACAGGAAGGAGGAUUCUUAAGCAGGGGGCAAUCAGAAACUCUGGAGGUAGGAUUUCUGGAGGUGGGAAACGCUAAUGGGGUGUUUCUGAGUGUUCCCUGCCCCAGGGAGAACCCCAGUUGUAGAAGUAACAGACCUAGUCUUUAUAGACUGUAUGCAGGAGCCAGCCUUGCGAGUCAGUUGUGGGUGCCUCAUUUAUCUUUAACAGUUGUCAGGUAACAUAGACAUCUGGAAUGUCCUUAGUUUUAGGUCCUGUCACAGUGUUAUGCCAUAUUUGUAGGGGUCACUGAAGACCCAAAGCACAUACAGGAGAGGAGGAAGGCAGGGGAAGAGGUGCAGAAGAUCAUGGGAAUUGGUACUAACUGCCCCUCUGAAGGGGUUCUGGUCACAUUCUCUUAUUUCCAGGAGAUGCCUAGUCUCUACUGUGGACGAAUUGGUACUAAGAGAGAUUUUCUUGGUUUUUAAAUAUAAUACCUAUUGGAAUUGGUUUUGUUGUUUUAUUUUGCUUUAAAAAUACUCUCAUUAUAAGAGUAUUACACAAUUAUUGUAGAGAACCUAGAAAAUCUAGGUUAAAAAAAUGGGAUCACCGGGCUUCCCUGGUGGCACAGUGGUUGAGAG